CUCACCAUUUGUUGUCAACACAGGCAGACGUCUGCUAAGGUGAUCUGUUGUAAGGACGGAUGUCCUCAGGUGAGAAUGUCCAUCUGUCUGCUACAUCACGUGCUACUCACCUCACUGGUCAUCUACAGGGUGGCAGGCGACACGAAGACAUUAUGGUCUCAGUGGUGGACAUACGAAGGCAUUUCUGGUCCCGACUACUGGGGUCUCCUAAACCAAGACUGGACAUUAUGCAACAAGGGUCAGCACCAGUCUCCAGUGGACAUUAACCCCAGGAAUCUGGUCUUUGACCCCAACUUGAGGCCUUUACGUGUAGACGCUCACAAAAUUGACGGAUAUCUUGUCAACACUGGACACGACAUCACAUUUUUUGUGAACACAACAAAUCCCCGGCCAUUCGCCUUCACAGGGGGGCCUCUGUCUUACACAUACAGGGUACACCAUAUCAAAUUACACUUUGGAAAGAUUGACCUGCUCGGCUCAGAACACACCAUAGGCGGAAGGCCGUUCCCAUUUGAGCUCCAGAUCUACGGCUAUAACGGCGAACUGUACGACAACUUUAAGGAAGCUCAACUGGCAUCGCAUGGAGUAGCGGCUGUUGCUGUCUUUGGUAAUAUAGGAGAGAAAAUCAGCCCUGAACUGGACACAUUGAUCAAAGCUGUCAACGACAUUCCUUACAAAGAUAACUCAGCCUCACUCGCCGAUGUCUCCAUCAUGGGAUUGAUCCCAGAGACUCACGACUACAUGACAUACGAGGGCUCCAUGACCCAGCCGAGUUGUCUAGAAACGGUCACGUGGGUUUUGUUUAACAAACCAUUGACCAUCGACAAGCAGCAGCUGUCCACUUUACGCCGUCUCCACAAGGCAGUCAGCAGAGACAGCCCAUCUUUGCUAAUGGAGAACAACUUCCGCCCUCCCAUGCCUGUCAACAGACGGACCAUACGGACAAACAUCCAAUAUCAGAAGCAGCCUUCGUCUUGUGGGAUACAAAAAUUUGCGUUUUAUGAAGUUAACGACAGGUACCGACUAACUUAGCACCAAUAGGACUGACUACACCAAUUUGCCUUGAAUGUUAGCUCCGUCCGUCUUCCAGUAAAGAAAGAACACUUGAAAUACGAUGAACGCUAGGCUGAAAGAUGCAAGAACAAUAUUGAUGUAAGCACAUUGCAAGCUGGCACCGUGCACACUGCACAUAACAUGUGUGCCGAAGACGUGUAUUAUAUCCAUCUAGAUUUUAUAUUAUAUGUAAAAAAAAAUUCUGAGCACAUUACAGAAUAAAAUAUGAUAAAACAGUUUGUAUGUUGUUGUUGUUGAUAUUUGUUUCCCCUAGGAAGUGCGCAUUCGAAUUUUAUAAGUUUAAAAUUAAAACCGUAACACUUUCCUAAAACUGUAACAUAUUUCAACGAAAACACCUCCAACAUGUUAUAAUGUAUAAACUGUAACACCUACUCUAACAGUUGAAUCUGUAACAACGUAUGUAGCAGCUUAAAUUGACUAUUGUAGCAGUUUCAACCCACUAUGUAGAACAAAUAUUUGGAUACAAAUUAAAUGUUGGCCUUUCAAUGUUAUCAGUACAAAUGUUGAUGUACUGCUUAAUCUGUAGCUUUAUUCUUUUGUAAGUAUCAGUAUGAGUACAUGUUUACUUUUAUUAUGCUAUUCUUUACAUAGAUAUUUCAUGUUUACUUUUAUUAUGCUAUUCUUUAAAUAGAUAUUUUAUGUUUAACUGAAUUGAAAAUUGCUGAGAAGUCGCAGGUAACCUGCGCAUCGAGCUUAAGGUGCACCUAACUCCACAUGAUAAUUGUUACUUAGACUUAAGGUGCACCUCACUCCACAUGUUACUUAGACCAAAGUAAACCAAUAGCUGAUUGGUAACCUAUGUAAGAUGUUCAAUGUAAUGAAAAUAUCAGUGAAAUGUAUGUAUAGAAU